AUGGCUAGUGAAUUCGAAGAUGUGCUCACAAACCAGCCGGUAGUCAUCGACAAUGGAUCGGGCACUAUAAAGGCUGGGUUUGCAGGACAAGACCAACCGAAAUGCUUCUUCCCGUCCUUUGUGGGACGGCCUAAGCACAUACGUGUUAUGGCAGGCGCUUUAGAAGGAGAUGUCUUCAUUGGCAAGAAGGCUCAGGAAUUCAGAGGACUGUUGAAGAUCAAAUACCCGAUGGAACAUGGGAUAGUGACUGAUUGGGACGACAUGGAACGUAUAUGGAGUUGGGUGUACGCUGAAGAGCUCGGAACUCUUAGUGAAGAGCACCCCGUAUUGUUUACAGAGGCACCUCUGAACCCUCGGCAUAAUCGAGACGUGGCGGCCCAAAUCUUCUUCGACACCUUCAAUGUGCCUGCACUCUUUAUUUCUGUUCAAGCUGUCUUAUCGCUGUAUUCUUCAGGGAGGACAACCGGGAUUGUGUUAGAUUCUGGGGAUGGUGUCACACAUGCUGUUCCAGUGUUCGAAGGUUUCUCUAUGCCGCAUGCAAUCCGACGAGUGGAUGUUGCAGGACGCGACGUGACAGAACAUCUCCAGCUAUUGCUGCGCAAAUCAGGACAUCAUCUGCACACUACGGCUGAACGGGAAGUCGUUCGUACCAUUAAAGAGAAGUGUUGCUAUAUUGCCCUCAACCCCGCAAAGGAAGAAAAGGAUUCCAUUGGGCGGAACGAGGAGUUCCGGCUGCCCGACGGCAAUACUGUGCAACUCGGCCCCGAACGAUUUCGCGCGCCAGAGAUCUUAUUUAAUCCAGAGUUAAUUGGUCAAGAAUAUGCUGGUGUACAUCAAGUAGUAGUAGAUUCAAUCAACCGAGUCGACCUUGACCUGCGGAAGAGUCUGUUCUCGAACAUCAUUCUCAGCGGAGGAAGCACCUUGUGUCGUGGAUUCGGUGAUCGGCUGCUGAAUGAGGUGAAGAAGAUGUCCCUCAAAGACGUGAAGAUAAAGAUCUAUGCACCGCCGGAACGCAAGUAUUCAACUUGGAUCGGGGGAUCCAUCCUUGCCGGAUUGAACACGUUCAGAAAGAUGUGGGUUUCUGCAGAAGAAUACCAGGAAGAUCCGGAUAUAAUUCACAAGAAGUUGGGAUUUUGA